ACGUAUUUCCCUUCUUACUCCAAAGAUGAGCGAUCAAGGAGUGAUUUAUGCAACCCCAAGAUUUUUUCAGACUUCUUCAGAGUCACAGAAUAGAUCAAGGCUUGAUGGUACUCAAAGGCCUGGGAAAACUCAUGACAAAGAGUUUUCAGUGCCUUGGCGUCUCAUUGCAGUGACUCUUGGGAUUCUCUGUUUAUUUCUGCUGAUGACAGUCACAGUGUUGGUGACAAAGAUUUUUCAGUAUAUUCGAGAAAAACAUCAACAGCAGGAACUUUUAGGAAACCUUAGUCAAAGGUACCACAUUAUACAAAAUGACUACUUAAAGGAGCAAUUUUUGACAAAUAAGACUUUAGAAUACGACAUUUUCAAAAGCGAAACCUUUCAGCGGAAAAAGAAACUGGACUCACUCUUUACAAGAAAGAACCACCGUCAUAGGAAAAAUGCAAUCUUUUCAAAAUCUUUGCAAAAUACAGGCAAACUCUAUGAAGACCAGUGGUCCUGUUGUGGAGUAAACUGUUAUUAUUUUACCAUGGAAAAUAACAACUGGAAGGGAUGUAAACAGAUUUGCCAAAGUUACAGAUCAUCCCUUUUGAAGAUAGAUGAUGAAGAUGAACUGGCCUUUCUUCAGCCCCAGACCUAUAAAAAUAAUUACUGGAUUGGAUUAUCAUAUGAUGUAAGGGAAAGUAAGUGGAAGUGGAUUGAUAAUGGCACAUCUUCUGGCAUCAAUUCUACAAUAAUGAGUUUGCUUUCUGGGAAAGGAGAUUGUGCAUUUUUAGCCGCAACAAGAAUAGCAACUAUUGAUUGCCUUAAAACUUACAAUUGUAUCUGUGAAAAGAGAAUUGAUUGUAUUUUCCCUGCUCCGACGUGCACUAAGAAUGGAAGGUGA